AUGUUAACUUCUGUUGAGUUUAGCCUUGUCAGGUGUAGUUUGCGUAUAUCCCAUGGCUUAUGGAACCAAAAAGUUGCUGUUAGCAUAGCCAUUAAAAUAAGAAACAUACAAACGGAAGAUUCAAUAAAAACGAUAAAGUUUGUAUUUUGGAAUACUUCAACUUUGCUUUCGAUUCAAAGCCAAAAAUAUAUUUCCCAUUUAUGGAUUAUAAACUAUUCUUGCAAGCAUUCGUUUUUUUUUUCCAUAUCCAACAGAAAACCAUACAUGUUAAGCACUUUAGUAUUCGUAAUAGCAAGAGAGGUUCAUCAACUAAGAGAGGAAGGGUCGAAAAAAUACCAACCUUUUUACUAUUAUACGAAUUUUGCUUAUAUGUAGUUGCCAUAUUCAAGCCUCAGCUAAUUUUUCUAUUAAAGUCAUCAAUAACAACUCUUUGAACAACUGUAUUUCAAUAUUCAUAAGGCCAUUAAGGGAA